GUUAAUUUAGUUACAGCAUCAAAAAGAGGGGUGAAGACUGAAAAAAGGAGGAAGAAAGAAGCAAGCAAAAAUGGCGUGGAGUGCGACAGCGAUCGGAUGUCUUCUCGGAUUAGGCACCCAAAUGUACUCAAACGCUCUUCGCAAACUCCCUUACAUGCGUCAUCCCUGGGAACAUGUAUUGGGAAUGGGAUUGGGAGCCGUAUUUGUUAAUCAGCUUGUCAAAUGGGAUGCCAAGCUUCAGGUAGACCUCGAUAAGAUGCUCGAGAAAGCCAAAGCCGCCAAUGAGCGACGCUACGUUGAUGAAGACGAGUAGCUGCUCUAUGUGGAUACAGACCAUGUUGAUUUGGUUGGACGCUCUAGUGGUCGCAAAUGUGUCCUCUUUGAAUCAGUCCACAUUUUGGUUGUAAUUCUGAGUUUGGUUAGAACUUCUCCUGUUUGAACCAUAUUAUGUUGUUUGUAUCUAUUGGAAAAUUUCCGAUUGCACAUGCUGUUUGGCUGUUGCGAAUAGUCUGUAAUAAUGAAGGUACUUUCGCUUGUA